AUGAGUUCAGUACAAUCAUCAAAUACAGCAUUGCUGUUGGCACUGCCACUAGCCAUUGCAACAUUAUCAGCAUUCUAUUAUUACAAAAAGUAUUAUGCUCCACAAUCAUCAAAGAAAUCAAAUUCUGAUUCCAUUAUUCGUGUCGGAAAGAUCAUCAUCUACCCAAUCAAGUCAUGUCAAGGUAUUGAAGUAAAGAGAGCAAACAUUGAUAAAUAUGGUAUUAUUAAUGAUAGAAGAUGGAUGUUACAUCAUGAAGGAAGAUUUAUGAGUCAAAGAACAACACCAAAGAUGGCAAAUAUUGGAGUAGCAUUCAAUGCCGACGAGACAGAGUUGAUUGUUAGAAUGGAAGGUAUGGAGGAUUUGGUGGUGCCAGUGUUGGACGAGAAUCGUUUGGUGAUUGACUCGGCCGUCUGGAAAGAUGAUGUCAAGGCAUUGGACUGUGGUGAUACUGCUGGCGAAUGGUUUACACGUGCUCUUGGCAAAGAUGGAAUAAGAUUGCUCCAAGUGCCACCCCCCAGCGUAUACCACCGUCGUGUCUCUACACAAUGGACCAAAAAAUUGAUCGUCGAAGACCACAACAAAGAACAUGUUGCCAACCCACAACAAGUCACCGACCAAGAGUACGACCAAUUCCAACAGGCAUUUGUCGACAGCUCUCAAGUUAUGAUGCUCUCACAGGCAUCGAUUGACGAUCUCAACAUACACAUUACCGAGACGAGAAAGAAAAACAAGGAAGAGCAAAAGCCCAAUCUCACACACAAACGUUUCCGUCCCAACCUCCUCUUGGUCGGCACCGACGCCUACGAAGAAGACUCGUACGACAUUGUCCGUGUCGGAGGCAUGAUCUUUAGAAAGGUAAACCGUGUUGCUCGUUGCAAGCUUACCACUGUCGCCGAUGAAAAGGGUGUUCUCGAUCCAUACGGAGACAACGAGCCAUUGCGUACACUCGGUUCCUACCGUAAGAUUGGAAAUGGUCUCUUUCUCGGUACUCAUUUCGUUCACGAUGAUCCUGACCAAGGUGAAUUAUGUGUAGGUGAUAGAGUUGAUGUUAUUAGAAGUUCCAAGCCAUGGGUAGAAUUGGAUAAAUAA